GCCCUUCUUGGCCACCUGGACCACUCCUGACUCAUGUUCCGCCAGCCAGAACAUGGGAGGUGAUCCAGGCUCUCCACUCAAGAAAAGCAAACUUGUGAGGCCACAGAUACUGUAUCUGUGGCUCUAAGGUGGGAAGGAGACCUAGCAUUACCUUUCCAAGCAAUGAUCUCCUUAGAGAGCAGCAGUGCUUCUGUCUGGGGAGGGGAUUUCUUGACCUGCAGCUCCAUGUUUCUCCGGGGUGAAGCCCUGGUGCAGCCUGGGGCCACGUGCUGUGGACCGGCAUUUUGUCCCUAAGUGCAUCCAUCAGCACCAGCCUCACACCUUCCUAGGGAGUGUUUUUUGUUAGAGUUUGUGUUACAAGAAAGAUGAGAUAUCAGAGAACAAUCCUCCCCUCCCUAGCCACCAAAAUACCAACCUGGGUAGAGCCGCAUUCUAUCAUUUUUUUCCAGUUUGGUUUUUUUUUUUUUUUGCAUGCUUACAGAAUAGAAUUAUCUGGCAUGUGGCAUCCAAAACGAGUCCAGAUGCUUCACAAAGAGCCUGGGCCUGUCUGGGUCUGAGCCUGCAGGGCUGGAGCUGCAGGGUGACCUUUGCUCCGGACUAAACAAUGAAAAGCCCCCAACAUUUCUAUAAGAAGGCAAUGCCCACGUGGUGGCUCAGAUGAUUGAAUGCCCAAGAAGCAGGGGUUGCAAAGUCUUUCCGUGUUUGCUCUGAAGAUGUUAACACAUUUACUUCCCACUUCUUCUACGUUUGGCUUUUGUUCUGGUGGAAACACUGGUGCUUGAGCCUUCUUCUCAGCAGAUUCCAUGACUUGCUCAGCAGCACCGGAGACACCUGCGCUGGGGGGAAAAGGCAGCUUGACAGGCUCAGCUCAUGAUCACACACCUGCAUUUCAUACUGAUUAUACACCCAAACUACUGGGGCUACACAAUCUGGUUUUCACACAGCUCCAAGCUCUGCAAAGAGCGGUUUAGAGAUGCUGUUCAUGACCCCUGCCUGGGGUGGGGAUGGAGCACAGCCCUGCUUCACUGUAGCUGGGCCAGAUCUUUCCAAAAGCUGGUAAGAGAGAAGGGAGAAGCUUGUGCACCAGUGCUAGAAUGGGAGGUGGGAGAACAGGCUGUGCGUGUGUUUCUCAUCCUGUGAAAUGCAAACAGCUUUCUCAUGAGGUGUGUCUGUGGGAAAAGAUCCUACAAGUGUUCUUGGGGGCUGGACCAAGGCCUGGAGCACUUCCUCAGUGAAGAGAGGCUGAAAGAGUUGGGAUUGUUCUGCCUGGAGAAGAGAAGACUCCGAGGAGAUCUUAGAGCAGCUUCCAGUACUGAAAGGGGGCUGCUAAGAAAGGUGGAGAAAAACUUUUUAGCAGGAACUGUAGCAACAGGACAAGGGAGAAACUAGAAGAGGAGAAGCUUAGACUAGUUAUUAGUAAGGAUUUUUUCACUCUGAGGGUGAUGUAACACUGUCCCAGGUUGCCCAGAGAAGUGGUAUCUGCCCCAUCCCUGGAGGAGUUCAAAACCAGGUUAUCCAGGGGCUUUGAGCACCCUUAUCUCGUUGAAGGUGUUCCUGCUCAUUGCAAGGACUGGGUGGCCUUCAUAGUCUCUUCCAAUCCAAACCAUUCCAUGAUUCUAAGUAACACAGGGGUGCCCAGGGGCCACAGAGUGACCCGAGGGCCGGAAGGUGAUCGUGUUGUAUUUGAGGAGCUUGAUCGCUUUUGCACUCUCUGGGAAUCAAGGUGGAUCACAUCCCAGCCACCGUCAGCUGUGGUUUCUGCACACACCUUGGGUUUGCAAAAUGAUUUGUGUUUAACGUGAGGAGAGAUUGGGUCACAGCUGCGGAAAGCCUGUCCAGGGCCACACACGACUUGUCCCUCUUCUGCUUUAGGCAGGUAACAGCCAGCUGGAAGGAGUGUGGGUUACAGGUCCCUCUACCACAAUGAAGAGCCACAUAAGCAUCUCCACCUGAGCAGGAGCUUUCACCUCUGAGAGUCCCUGCUUGGCCCACCCCAGGAGGACUUCUGCCUGUGGACCUCUGUGCUGGGCUCUGUGGCACAGGGACAGGCUGGUCUUAAGGAAAAGGAAAGGGUUUCUCCAAAUUUUCCAUCCCUCUCAGCUCCAUGCCCUGGUUUGCGCCUGAUUGUGAAAGAUGAAGAGAUGUGUGUGCAGUAGGUUGGGAGCAGCUCAGAGCUGCCUUUCCAGCAGCCGUGCAGUAUUUUCUUGUCAUUUUUCUCUUGUCUGUUUGCAAAGCUUCUUGUAUUUUGGAUUUGCUGUUAAAAGGUGAGGAACAGUGUCACGUUGCCUGCUAGAGCUGGCUGCAGUCUUGGAUUUUGGAGUGCUGAUGCUCUGCCUCUGCCCUGAGAGCUUAUUUAUGCUGAGAUGAUUUUUGUCCUCCUGGAGUAGCUGGGUUUGUUUCCCUGACACCAGAGAUGGUGCUUUUGUAAGAAGCUUUAAAGAUAUAGAGGACACAAAUUGGUGAGACUCCAGUUUUCAUAGAAUUGUGGAAUGGUUUGGGUUGGAAGGGACCUUAAAGCCCAUCCAGUUCCAACCUCCUGCCAUGGGCAGGGACACCUCCCACUGGAUCAAGAUGUUCAAAGCCUCGUUCAGCCUGGCCUUGAACACCUCCAGGGAUGGGGCAUUUUAGCUGUGUAUCUCAUUUUAGACACACAGUGAGGAGCACGUGAAGAGCUGGCAGUGGUCAGAGGGUGUGCAGGAGAGGAUACCUGGGGAAGAGCAAGAAAGAGCAGAUACGGAGUGAACGUCCCCUUGAGCAUUCUCUUAAUACUCUGCAAUCGGUGGCUCCAGCGCUCCCCGUGCUGGAGGCAGUGCCUUUGAAGUUAAUAACCUCGGAAGGAUCUUUCCUUCCGUGAACUCGUUACAUGAGGUGAUGGCAAUCAGAUAAAUGAGGAAAUCGCAUAAAUAAGGGCAACUCGUAGGCUGGGAGAGGGCCGGGCACGCUGACUCAUGGAAACAGGAGCUGACAACGCGCAGGGCGAGGAGCUGGUGGGGGAGUGCCAUGAAGCCAACGGAAAACCAGAGAUGUUUGUGUCUGAAAGCAGGAACCUGGCGCAAAAUGAAGGAAGCGGAACAAGUGCUGUGGGACACAGACUGCCUGUCAGAGGAGUGGCAGAAGAACCCCAACUGCAUCCCAGGCAUAGCUUUGAUUUCUCCCAUGCCUUUAACAAAACCACCCUUUCUACCUGAGCUGGGAUGAUGCUUGCCUCAACGUGAGGCAUCCUCGCUGUGCCAGCAGCAGCACGGAUGGGUUUUGCUCUCGCUUACUGACUGAACAGGAGGUGAUGCUAUUUCUGUCCUGCUUUUGACACACAGUGAGGGCACUGCAGAAUAGCAGCCUAUGGGAAAGGACUUUGUUCCGUGAUGGGGCCGAUUCCUGUGAAACUCGAUGGAAGAGGAAAAAAUGGAUUGGCAAUGACAGGUUUCAUUUCCAAGUGGCAAGGACUGAGAAGUUAAGGAAGUUAAUUACCAAAGUCAGCUGGAACGAACAGCUAAAGGGCUUUGACAUGGUGGAGGCUUGGUGACAAUGAUUUCACAUGAAGGAAAAGCGGUGGGCUUGAUAUAUCCAAGGUAGAAGGAGAGCUGGUGUUGUUUCACGAUGGAAAUAGGUCUGCAAAGGGAGGGUUGGUUUUCAGAGUUAGCUUUUGCAAAGCAAACACAGCAGCUGAACCCAUAUCAGCUGUAGAUGGGGAAGUCACUGCAGGGACAGCUUGAAACUGUGUGUGUUUUAAAAUCAGUCAUGAGAGCACCAGUUUCCAAAGGGCCACCUGAGCCCUCCUGCUCAUGGGGCCACUUGGGAAGUUCCUCCUGUCUGUCUCUUUGCAGGGACGUUAAAACAAGUCUGGGCUUCGUCUCUGGCAGGUUUCCCUGGGCUGGCGUGGGGGAAGCCCUCUCGGCUGGUCCAUGCCAGGCUGUGCCGCAAGGCACCGGCAGCCUGAGCCGCAUUGCAGAGCAGCCGCUGCAGGCAGUGCCUGCCGUCCUCCCUGCCGCCUGAUUUACUGCCCCCCAAAUGGUUUCCUGCAAGUUUUACGCAGGACGUUAAAGGCUGUGCUGGAUGCUAUGUGCUCUGGGGGAAUUCUGGCUGUGUGACCCAUUUAGCAGCCUGGCUGGGCACCUCUCUCCCUGCAGAAGCUGCUGCAGCUCUGUGAUGCUUUUUGAAGUUUUCAGGUGAAAAAAACAGCAGCUGUCUUGCAGCUGCCACGCUGAGGCUUGUCUUUGUUUGCUCAUCUGUCAUGCGUCCUGGAGAAACUGUAUUUUCGGCUUUACCUGCCAAAAGAGGCGACAGAUGAUGACAAUUUCCCUGUAGUGGGAGGCUUCAAAGCCGCCUGCCUGCUUUGCAUCCCCUCAGCAUCCCUGCUGCUCUUCUGCCUUGCUCUGGUUUAAGAACAUUUCCCCCACGGCCAAAGAAUGUUUCACUUGGAUUAAAUUUUAGUGGCCAAGGAUGCUUCUGAUGUGGGUGAUGUGACUGCCUGGAGAUGCUCCUUGUCGCUCCACAAUGUCAGCUCUGCCUUGGCUCCUGCUGCCUCCAGCUCUCGGCAAACCUCGCUGACCAGGGGAUGCUUUGGGACUUCGGCUCCUGCUGGCAUUUCUGUGUGUCUUUAUCAAGACAGUCGCUCUGGGUGGAGCCUCUGAGCCUCUUUCCCCAGUGAUUUCCUCAGCUCCUUUUGAAAAGCACCGUCCAUGGAGCCACAAGGCUUCACCAUGGACGCAUGGGAGCCUUGAGGAACAGCGGAGUGGUUAAUAAAUUAAAAGCUAUUUCAUUAUAGGAAAUUAAUUUUUAAUGAGCAUGGGAUGACGUCUAGACAGUCCUUCAGUUCCAGGCUCUCUGUGGUCUUGUAGGAGGGUUCAGCCUAUGCAGCUGGCACCAGCUCAGCGCUGAGGGGAAGGUUUGGCAGAGCUUUCCUGAGCCGUGAGAUCCUCGCACAGCACAGACAUCCUGGCACGGUGAGGAUCUCGUGGCAGAUGUCCUUUGUGCCUCUCCAGGCAAAGCCCCAAGGAGAUGCAGCCACAGAGGGACGUGCUGGCAGGGAGGAGGCUUGGCUGCACGCCUGGCCCCAGCCUGGAGCACACAGCUGUGCUCUCCUGCCCUGCAGCAACCUCGCCCAGGGAUCCUGCAGCACCUGGGGAACUGGCAAGGGUCUCUGCCUGGUCUAGGACAUCCCAGCCUUUGCCAUGUCAUCGAUAUUGGAGUUGUGGCACGAGCCCUGAGCUGAACCAGAGACAGCACGGUGGGAUGAGGGCAAGUGGUUGUGAGGCUUUGCAUCCUGCCCUGAAGAAUGUUUUAUUUCGUAGCUGCAGAAAAGGGGGUUCGACUACAGAAAGUCCAGAGGAUACCCCCUGCCAUGCUGGAAGUGCUAAUUGUCCGCUGCAGGAAUCCAACGCUGAUGCCAUCAGAAGUCCUAGCUGCCUGACAAGGAGAGGCACAUCAAGUCCUCUACCAAAGCUCUCGAGCUCCUACUCUGGGUGGAUGGGUCUUCUUGGCCUGCCUCAGCAUAAGGGAGCACAGACAGGAAGCUCGAGGCCUCUUGUCAGCAGUGAGAAGAUGGAAAUAAUGCCUUUUGACUUCAUCCCAGGGGCUGCCUGCUUGGCUUUGGGGAUGGCAGCAGUAAACCAGCCCAAGGCGCUGCUGUGCACGGCACGGGAGAUGCUGAGUGGAGCUGACUACAGCUUCCUUGUGAACCAGAACACGAAGCUCCUGAGUGCGCUGGAGGACUUGCAGCACCGCUACUCCAGCCUGGCCGAGGAGAACAGCUUGCUGCGCAGGAGCUGCUUCCCUCAGACGGAGGAGAAAGUGAAGCACCUGAAGAGGAAGAACGCGGAGCUGGCGGUGAUUGCCAAGCGCUUGGAGGAGAGAGCCCGGAAACUCCAGGAGGCAAACCUCAAAGUUGUAACCGCUCCGGUGCCUCUGAAGGGUUCCAGCCUGGAGCUGUGCAAAAAAGCAUUUGCCCGCCAGCGUGCCAAGGAGCUGACAGAGCAAGCCAGCGCUCUCCUGGCGAAAGACAAGCAGAUUGAAGCUUUGCAGCAGGAGUGCCGGGAACUGCAGGCGAAACUCUUUGCAGGAAAGGAUGACCCACAUGGCCUCAAUAUCACCAACUUUGACCGCCUGCUUCGGGAAUCCCAGAAAGAGGUGCUGCGGCUGCAGCGGCAGAUUGCCCUGCGCCAUUCCAGGGACCCUCCUCGGCACUCCAAGGACCCUCUCCGGCAUUCCAAGGCUCCUCCUCACCAUUCCAGGGAGCCCCUGCCUCCCCCCGGCCCCCUCUGUACCGCACCAAGCCCCUGCCCCGAGGGCUCGGCUCUGCGGGAGGUCAGCCACCUGAAGGUGGAAGCGAGUACACAGCUGCUGGGACCUGCCCCUGAAGGCCAUGAAAACUUCCCUCCCCAAAAUGCAAUAACAGACCCAGAGAGCAGCCGACAGAUACAGCAGCUGGAAUUUGAACUCAAGAAAAAGCGCAAAAAAGUGAAAAACCUUGAGCAUGAAGUGAGGAAAAAGCAUAAAAGAUGCAAAGAACUGGAGAUCCAGCUGCAGGAGGUACAAAGUGAAAAUGCACGGCUCUCCGAAGAGAACUUGCAGCUGAAUGAGAAGGCUGGAUGGGCAGGACAGGUUGAAUCUGAGAAUGCUGACCUGAAAUUGCAGGUUGUUUUGGUUACUAAGGAACGGGAUUCAGUAAUUCAGACGAAUCAAGGACUCCAAACCAAGCUGGAGAAUCUAGAGCAGGUGCUGAAGCACAUGAGAAAUGUGGCUGAGCGAAGGCAGCAGCUGGAGGUUGAGCACAAGGAAGCGGCUGCUUAGUCCUUCAGGAAGAAGCAAGAGGAAGUCAGACGGCUGCAGCAGGCACAGGCAGAGGCAAAAAGAGAACAUGAAGGAGCAGUACAGCUUCUAGAGGCCCGAGUGAAAGAUCUGGAAGACCAGUGUCGCAGUCAAACAGAGCAGUUCAGCCUCCUGUCUCAGGAACUCCAACAAUUCCGGCUUCAAACAGGAAAAAUCGACCUUCUCACCUCCACGCUGGUGACUUCGGAGCUUCCUCUUGCUCUGUGCAGCUCUACCCCACAGCCCCAUUGGGAGAAAGAAUCACCGGUUCCUGGAUUGCUCACUCGCCCAAGCGCAAAGAAGGCUCAUAAUGAAGAGGCUGAUGAGCUGGAGCCCUCCCAGCGGGCGCCUGAUGCCACUGCUGGCUCCCCAGUUGCUGCUCCCAGUUCUCACAAACACGCCAAGAAAGCAGAAUCUCAGUCAAGCUCUUCAAAAUCAGAAUCCAUGCAGAAUAGUCCAAAAUCCUGCCCGACUCCAGAGGUGGACACUGCGAGUGAAAUGGAAGAACUGGAUGCUGACAGCAUCUCUCUAAUGCCAGAGCCAGGCAGUCAAGGCCCAGCGAAGCUCCAGGUGUUCUUGGCUCGAUACAGCUACAAUCCUUUUGAUGGACCUAAUGAGAACCCAGAGGCAGAGCUUCCGCUGACUGCUGGAGAGUAUAUUUACAUCUAUGGAGACAUGGAUGAAGAUGGCUUCUUUGAAGGGGAGCUGAUGGAUGGCCGGCGAGGGCUGGUCCCCUCCAAUUUUGUUGAGCGAAUUUCAGAUGAUGACCUCAUGACGUUUCUGCCUUCGGAGCUGAAUGAUCUCACCCAUAGUUCAUACCAGGAGAAAAGUUUGGUCAGUGCAAGCACCAGCAGUGGGGAUAAGAGUGAUUUCUCCAUUGAAGAGAGUAGCAUCAGCCCAUUGGCCAGUAGAGCAGAAGGAGACCAGGAGGAACCUGUUAGUCACACAGCAGUGCCUUACCCAAGAAAACUGACUUUGAUCAAGCAGCUGGCCAGAAGCGUGGUUGUAGGCUGGGAACCACCCCUUUUGCCAGCUGGCAGCCCAGACAUACAAAGUUACAACAUCUACGUGGAUGAAGAACUACGUCAAAACGUGAAGAGUGGCUUGCAGACCAAAGCAGUGAUUGAAAAGCUGGACUUGAAGACAAAGGCUUACCGGGUGUCUGUGCAGAGCGUGACAGAGCGAGGCAGUUCUGAUAAACUGCGGUGCACUUUCUUUGUGGGGCAAUACCUUUGUGGGGCACCAACUAUGCUGAAAGUCCGAAGCGUCACUGCCACAUCAGCAGAGGUCAUGUGGCUUCCCUGCAACAGCAACUACAAUCAUGCGGUGUAUCUCAAUGGGGAGGAGUGUGACGUAACAAAACCGGGGGUCUACUGGUACAUCUUCCGCAACCUACAGCCGAGCACUCAGUACGUUGCCAAGCUGGAGGCCCGGCCCUUGCAGACACCUUGGGAAGAGGUCCCAGAGAGGCAGGAGCAGAACUCGGCUGUGAUUCACUUCACUACCCCUCUAGCAGGCACACCUGAUGCUCCUUUGGAUGUCCAGGUAGAAGCUGGUCCCUCACCAGGUAUCCUUGUGAUCAGCUGGUUACCUGUCACCAUCGAUGCUGAAGGAUCUUCCAAUGGGGUCCGGGUCACUGGUUAUGCUGUGUAUGCAGAUGGACAGAAGGCAAUAGAAGUUACGUCUCCGACAGCUGGGAGCAUUCUAGUGGAUGUGUCCCAGCUUCAGAUGUUCCAGGCGUGCCGGGAGGUUUCUGUGAGAACAAUGUCUCUCUAUGGAGAGUCAGUGGAUUCAGUUCCAGCCCAGAUUUCCUCAGUCUUGCUCCGAGCCUCUCACCGCUCUUCACCUUCAGGUUCUGCUGUUUCCACCACUUUUCCCUCUAGACUACCCCGCAGAGAAGCCAGGGGUUCUCUGCCUGCCUGCAGCCCACCCACACGCCAAACAGCGGCACCUCUCCUCCGACAACAACUUCCCUCUGAUAACUCGGAUGCCAAACUGACCGACCCCUCCUCCGGCCCUGAAGGCUCAGUGCCACCUUUGCCAGAGAAAGCCUCUUCACCUCCGCACCUCUCCUCUCCCAGUGCUUCCUUGGUGCAGGGUGUAGGCAGUUCCCCACAGGGAUCGGAUGUUGCACGAGCCAGGAAGAGCCUGGCUGUGCCUCCCCAGCCGGCUGGUGGCACAGCGCUCCCCCGGGACAGCACGGAGCCCAGCCCUGCGGUGGAAGCAGGACCACAAGGCCUGAGCGAGACGACAGCGGUGCAGAUGGAACAAUCUGUGACCAAAGCGACAGAGAUAGAAAGCCUAUCUGACCGGAAUCUGAAGCUCUGUAUGGAGACCUGCCGUGCCUGCUCUGUAGAAGUACCAAAGGGUCCCAGUGCUGAGAGAGAGAAAGAGACAACGGAGAAGCUGAGCACAGAGCCUCCACUGUCCCCUAGCCAGGCUGAGGGGACAGAGGGCACCUCCCGAGAUGCAAGCGCAGGUGGGAGUGGCUGCCAUGAGUUUCCUGAGGUUGUCCACUGGCAAGGGAGUUGGAUGAAAGAGAUGUCCCAGGAGUGAAAAGAGAGGUUUUCUAACCUUGGUGAAUCUGUCUGAAAUGGAAGACGGCAGCUGACCCUUUUCGCUGAGCACAACCGCAGUUCCGACCUUUCCGAUAUUCUGGAAGAGGAGGAAGAAGAUGAACUCUCUUCAGAAGCUCUCGAAGAGAAGAAAUGGGACCAGAGAGAGCCGUGUUCCCGGGAGAACGGGGAGAAGAUGGAUCUUUGUGAUACUGACAGCGAUGAGGAGAUUCUGGAGAGGAUACUGGAGCUCCCACUUCAGAAGAACCACAGCAAGAAAUUGUUUAGCAUCCCUGAAGUGACUGAGGAUGAGGAUGAAGAUGAGGAUGAGGAGUGUGGUGUGGAGGAAAAGACAGACCCUCAAGACUCGUUGGAAACAGUUCCUUACCGUUCAGGAAGGACAGAGAAGCCACCCAGCAACAAGGAGCCAUUUCUAAAGGUAGAUGGGAGCAAUGCCUCCAAGGAUCUGUCCACUCAGACUCCGCGGGAGGAGUGUGGUGGUAAGGAGAGCAGAGGGGAUGCUGACCAUGUAAAUUCUGCCUCUGUCCCACUGGCCGGGAGUCAGAAGAAGGCAAACUGGAACUGGAGCUACCAGGAGAAUGAUUUGAAGCCUGGAACUGGGGCAAGUCCCCCUCGAAGCAAGAAGAAGGGAACUAAUUAUCGAGAGAAGAGCCGGAGUCGGCCUGAGAUGAGUAGGAAGAGACAGAACGAUUUAACAGAGCAUUGCAGUCGUCUGCUGGGCAACUGCAGUGCCAUGGGAGGUGGGUUAUACAGAGUUCCAAGCCUCAGGGAGGAGCUGAACGUUGUGAGCAGUGCUGGUGGGAAGGAGGGGUUUGAUCUGUACGGUCGUGCCAGGCAAGGCGCUGUACGAAAAAGCCACAGGAAAGCGGUGGUUCCAGGGUUUGCAGAACCUUCUGGGAUGGCAACGCGCUGCUCCAGCCCCAGGAGCCUGGAAAUAGACAUUGAAUAUGACUCUGAAGAUGAUCAGGAUUCAACCUGUGCAUCGCCCCCUGAGAGCAGGAUGUGGCCAGAAAGGUCGCAGAUCUGGGAGGGGGACUGGGGCGAUUGCUCUGGUCCAUCUGAGCUUGUCCGCACGGAUGGCAGAAGGGAUCUAACCAAACUGGAGAUGGUGGAAGAGCAGGACAUGGAGUGGGCUGAGUCUCCAAGCCAGCACCUACGAUUCUUCUGCUCAGAGGAGGAAGAACUGAGAUAUGAAAGCAAUUCUGAGGAGCAGGGCUGGGAGCUGGACUGUAAGUCACCUGGCUGGAGAAGGAGGCUCGAACAUCCUUCGAAGGGGAUACGUAGCACCUCCUUGCACAAAAGGGCAUCCGGUAACAAAGAUCCUAGGGCCCAGGAGCUGCCUGGCACAGCCUGGCCGGCUCCCAGCCGAAGAGGGAACAGGAGUGUAAGGAGUCGUCACGUGCACAAACCUUUGCUCUCCAGUCCAGGUCCUCCAAGAAUCAUGGCUUCAGAAACCUCUGCUAAAGAUGAUGGCAUUAGAAUAUUUGUGGCUCUCUUCGACUAUGAUCCUGUUUCCAUGUCUCCUAACCCCGAUGCAGCAGAAGAGGAGCUCCCAUUUAAGGAGGGGCAGAUCCUGAAAGUGUGUGGAGAUAAGGAUGCUGAUGGCUUUUACCGAGGCGAAUGUGCAGGAAGGGAGGGGUACAUUCCCUGUAACAUGGUAUCUGAAGUCCAGGUGGAGAAUAAUGAAAUCAAGAAGCAGCUCCUAAAGCAAGGAUUCCUUCCUGCUGACACACCCACGGAGAGCAUAGGAAAUGGCACAUUUUCUCCACCUCCACGCCGCCAAAACGUCCCACCUCCAAAACCCAGACGCUCCAAGAAAGGGCUGGAUAAACAGGAGAAGUACAAGGCUCAUCCAGGACAGAAGCAUCAAGACUUUGAAGCUGAACUGCUGACUCCUCGAAGUAUGGUGGCUGUCUUUGACUAUAACCCUAAGGAGAGCUCUCCCAAUGCAGAUGUAGAGGCUGAACUGACUUUCAGUGCAGGAGACGUUAUCACUGUGUUUGGGUCCAUGGAUGACGAUGGAUUCUAUUAUGGAGAGCUGAACCAGCAGAGAGGGCUUGUCCCAUCUAACUUCUUGGAAGCUGUCACUUCAGACGGAGGCACGGUUGAGGAACUUAAUUCAAAAGAUAAAGAAGCUUUUCCGUUAAGUGCUGAGAGCCAGUCCAAUCCAGAUGGGUCUGUUGAUCAGCAUGACUCCUCACCAACUCCGACUCUGCCACCUUCCUGCCUUGUCACGGGCGAGCAGUGUCCAGAGCAGGCAUCGCUGGCCCUUCUCAACUGCAGUGACGCGCCUGGACAGAGCAGAAAGAAGAGAAGCUUCUCCUUCUUCAAAGGCAGAAAGCUCUUCAGAAAACUUGGGUCCAGUAAGAAAACCUAACAAAGGAUUUAUUGUUCCAUACAGACUGUCUGUGCGGCGCACAUCGGGACUGACCGUUUGGGAGCAGCCCUUUGCAAUAAGCUGCUUGGAGGAUUUUCUUAGGGAGAAGAGUCUGUUGAACAGAGAAAACUCUUCAGCGGGGCCGUGUGCUCUGCUGCAAGCCUGGCGGGUGCCCUGCCAGAGGCAGAGGCUCUGAGCGCCACUGUGGCCCUGAGGGGUGGGGUCUUGGCUUCAGGACCCAGCUGCCUCCACAGGGCCGUGUCCUGCUCCGUGCAGCCCUCGGCGCACCCAUUCCCUGUAAAUAUUUUCCUUUAUCAGUUCUCUUCUGGCUGUAAGUUAGCUCACCGGCUUUUCCAAGCAGAGCCCCUUAGGAGGAGCUCCUGUGUACUCCUUAGUGUUCCUCUGCUCCGAAGGAGGCUGUGUCAACUCUGUCACUUCCCACAAAGAGAGUUUGCACUUUUCCAUUUCCAUGAAUUCCCUUUGCUGUCUCUGGGCUGACGAGUGAGUUCUUUGUACUGUAAACCUGUAAAUACGCAGAUGUGCCUGGGAGCUUCCCACGCUGCCUCCGUCACGGUUCAGCACGAGGAUUCUCACGGGUGAAGGAGCGUUCCCUGAAAGGCGUCAAUCCUUCUGUCGCUGGGGUGGGCUGCUGGAAGCUGCUCCUGGCUGGCUCACCUUGCCCACGCACUGGCUGGGAACACCGCCUUAUUUAUUUAUUUAUUUAUUUAUUUAUUUAUCUAUCUAUUUAUUUAUUGGUCUGUUUAUUGAUUGAUUUCUCACCUGCCUCUCUCACAGUUUGGUUUGGCUGGUUUGGUGGGCUGCUCCCAAGUUGGAGCAGUUGGAGAGCAGAGCUGGGGCUGGAGAGUUUGCAGCUAUUUGCAUAUGAGAUGAUGUGUUCCUUGAGUUCAGACACAUCCCUUUCUAGGCCACGGAGAGUUUUGUACUACAUGGUUUUUAUCCUUUACAGUGUCUUUUUCUUUGCAUGUUCCAGUGGGUACUUGUUUUGAGAAGGAUGGUUCCGGGAGGCACGUGAGUGAUGCCAGCACAGCGUCCGUGGGUGUUGGUGGUCCGGUAUGUUUUUAUUUAAGAUCAAAUUUU